UCUCUCCCUCUCCACGCUUCUCUCGCGACGCUGAGCCACAAAGCGGACUGUCGGCGCACGGCAGUGGCACCUCGCCGCUUCAGGGUGAAGAUGUUCGGCAGUCUGUGUGCCCGUAAGCUGGCUCGCCGAUCGCGGUCAGCGCUAAUAGCCGCGCUGACAGUGCUGCUGGUCCAAACGCUCAUCGUAUGGAACUUCAGCAGUCUGGACACGGGAGAAGACCGAAAAGACAACGGCAGAGAGAAGAGGGACCGAAUCGGCAUCAACAAAGCCUACAGCGAGUACCCGAAGAGCGGCUUCCAGAAGAGACAUCACCAGCCGCCGCUGGGGAAAGCGUCUAUUCGACAUAAACAGCAACCGGACGGCUACUAUUCGCACCGGCCCAAGGAGAAAGUCCGCGUAGACAGCAACAAUGAAAACUCCGUUCCCAAAGACUUUGAGAAUAUAGACAACAGUAAUUUCGGGGCACGUUCGCAGACACAGAGACACGCGCCCGGCAAGCACAAACAAGGCCUUCUGGAGAAGGCGCAUGCACAGCAAACCCUGAGCAAGCACUCCAACGAGGUCAUUCAGUAUGCACAGAAUAAAGGUGGCUUCAAUCAGACACGCACCGACCUCCAGCGGAGGGCCAAUCCCACCCUCCGUCCACAUCAAUCCCAGCAGCACCGGCACCACCUUCAGCAGGCCAAGCGGUCGGCCGCGCCCACUGCCGACAUUAAGUACGAUCAACCACCCAAAUGCGAGAUCAGCGGCAAAGAGGCUAUCUCCGCCCUAUCUCGAGCCAAGACCAAGGAGUGCCGGCAGCAGAUAGCAGAGGUUUACUGCCGCCACAAAGAACGCCAGCUCAUGCCUGAGAAGGUCACCCGUUACUGCCCCGUGGAGGGCAAAGUGAAUAUGAAUGUGCAAUGGGAGGACGACUCUAUGGAGACUGUGCCUGCGGUACCGGUGCGGAUAGCCUUCAUGUUGGUGGUCCACGGACGGGCCUCACGCCAGGUUCAGCGCCUCUUCAAGGCUAUAUACCACACGUCUCAUUUCUACUACAUUCAUGUGGACCAGCGAUCCAACUACCUGCACAGGCAGAUGUUGACUCUGGCUCGCCAGUAUCCCAACGUCCGGGUCACACCGUGGCGCAUGUCUACGAUAUGGGGUGGUGCCAGUCUGCUCACCAUGUAUCUGCAGAGCAUGAAGGACCUUCUGGCCAUGCGAGAUUGGUCCUGGGAUUUCUUCAUCAACCUGAGUGCUGCUGAUUACCCAAUCAGGACCAAUGAUCAGCUGGUGGCCUUCCUGUCCAAAUACAGAGAUAUGAAUUUCAUCAAGUCCCACGGGAGAGAUAACGCUCGAUUCAUCAGAAAACAAGGUUUGGACCGGCUUUUCUUCGAGUGUGACACCCAUAUGUGGCGGCUUGGAGACAGGAAGAUUCCAGAAGGCAUAUCCGUGGAUGGAGGCUCUGACUGGUUUCUGCUAAACCGAAUGUUCGUGGAGUAUGUCAUCAACUCUCAAGAUGACCUUGUGACCAACAUGAAGCGUUUCUACGCGUACACACUCUUACCUGCAGAGUCGUUCUUCCACACGGUCCUGGAGAACAGCCCGCACUGCGAGAGCAUGGUGGACAACAACCUUCGCAUCACUAACUGGAAUCGAAAGCUGGGCUGCAAGUGCCAAUACAAGCACAUCGUGGACUGGUGCGGCUGCUCGCCCAAUGACUUCAAGCCCUCAGACCUGCCCCGUUUCCAGCAAACCACCAGGCCCACAUUCUUCGCAAGGAAGUUUGAAGCCAGUGUAAAUCAAGAGAUAGUGAAUCAACUGGAUGGCUUCCUGUUCGGGAGUUUGCCCCAGGGCACGCCGGGUCUCAAGGCCUACUGGGAGAAUGUUUUUGAUGAAGCGGAUGGUAUUCACAGCCUGUCCGACGCACAUCUCACUCACUAUCAUGCCUUCGCCCGAUUGGGUCUGGCACGGACUGCCAACUCUUUACAGGGUGACAGCAGUGACAACAGCUGCAGGUAUUUUUCCAUGGGACAUCCUGUGUCUGUACACAUCUACUUCCUGUCUGAUGAGUUCCAGGGAUACCUGGUCAGGCAUCAUGCCACCAACCUGGCAACCAGCAAACUGGAAACUCUUGAGACUUGGGUCAUGCCUAAACAGUUCUUCAAGUUCACCAAUCCACCCAAUAACUUCAACAGACUGCAGUUUGCAGAGAUUGGAACAGACUGGGAUGCUAAGGAAAGGAUAUUCCGGAACUUUGGCAAUCUGAUGGGACCCAUGGACGAGCCUGUGGGAAUGCAGAAAUGGGGGAAAGGGUCAAAUGUGACCGUGACUGUGGUGUGGAUCGACCCCACCAAUGUCAUCGCCGCCACCUACGACAUCCUGAUCGACGCCAGUGCUGAAUUUACUCACUACAGGCCUCCACUGAACCUGCCCUUGCGGCCCGGCAUGUGGACCGUACGUGUGCUGCACCACUGGAGCCCUGUGGCAGAGACGCGCUUUCUGAUCACUCCCCUCACCCACCACAAACACCUGCCUAUACGCCAAGAGGAUGCUUUAAAAACGCACAAUGGGCCGGCCAAGAACAGCUACAUGGAGCAGAGUUUCCAUGGGCUGAACCCUAUCCUCAACAUCCCGGUCCACCUGGGUCAGGUAGAAGCGGCCGAACACAACGCGGAGCUUACGGGGUCCGAGCUGGAGCGCUGGGUGGACAGUCUAGUGGGCGAGGUGUGGUCAGCUGUGGACGUGUGUUCAACGGGCCCCAGUGGCUGUCCGGUCAUGCAGACUUGCAGGGAAACGGUGUGGAGCUCUCUCAGCCCGGACCCAAAGUCCCAGCUGGGCCUACCCAAAACCAACGGACGAAUCAGGUAGCAGCAUUCACUGCCCUGAGGACUCGCCUUUUUUCAUUUAUUAGGUCAUUUUGUUUUUAUUAUUUAUUUUCCAGCACCGCUCAUGUGAGUAUGAGCACAACGGCCCUCUCUCAAACUCAAGACAUGGGCCACGAAAGUGUACGCUGGGAAGUUUUUAAAGAUUUUUUUUUAAAACGUGUGCCCUUUCAAACUCUUGAGUGCUCUUGUGAUGUGAGUGCUGUCAGGCUUCUCUAUAUUUUAUUUAUUUUGAUUACUGUGAUUGAAUAUUUGUCAACUGGAAGCAGCAGGCUUUGCCUGCUGGGAUUGGGAUAUUAAGCACAGAAUGGACCUUAACACUGGUUGUAAGACCAAAAGGGAUGUUUGUAUGGUAAGCCUCUAUAUUUAAAAAAAAAAAAAAAAACCACACUUGCACCUAACAUAAAUAAUAGGAGUGUUUUUCAACCUUUACCUUAUUAAAACCAGUGUUUCAGAGUGUAUAUCACUGUGCGUAGCACAAAUAGUGUGUUUCUUUAGUUUUCAGAAAAAUACUUCCAUUUUUAUAAGGCUUUCACUGGAUCAAACGCAGUCAAAUAGGCAUUUAAAGCCUUCGAACUCCCCUAAUAAAGUCUCCUAUUUAGUUUUAAUAAGUUAUUGGUUGAAAAACAUCUGUUUUUAAUCAAAACCGAGCUUUUGACAAGUAAAAGUGAUCCAGUGUCGUGCAAGACGCCAACCUCCACAGAAUUCUAUUACCUUUGGAGGCAAAAAGGUAGCAGUUAGUAAUACCUGUUCAAAAAUGCAUCACAUUAUCCUCUUCAGUAUAUUAAUGGCCUUUUUGGUUAUACUUUUGUGGUAAUGGUAACUACAAAUAAUAAAAAGUACAAACAUCUAGUGUAUGUCAAGCUAGCAGGCUGAUCAGUUAUCAGUAUGCUAAGCUGGGCGGAUAAAUAUUUACUGGUUUGCUAAACUAACAGACUUACAGGCUAGAUAUAUGUAACGCUAGCAGGCCAGAGAGCUUGGAAGCUGAUUGGAAAACAGAUUAGGAAAUGUUUUAUUUGAGCAUUUUUAGCCUGAUGUAUACUACCAUUCAAAAGUUUGACUUCAGUAAUAUUUUUCGAAAGACAUCUCUUAUUCUUACCAAGGAUGCAUUUAUUAAUUUUUUUUUUUAAAUGAAAACAGUAAUAUUAUGAAAUACAGCAACUUAAUUGUUUUUUUCUAAUUUACUCCUGUGAUGCAAAGCUGAAUUUUUAGCAUCAUUACUCCAGUCUUCAGUCUUCUUGAUCCUUCAGAAAUCAUUCUAUUUUAUUAUCAUCAGUGUUGAGAAACGGCUGUGCUGCUUAAUACUUUUGUGGAAAACUUGAUGCAUUUUGUCAGGAUUUUUCGAUUAUUACAAAAUUUAAAAUAUAAAUAAUUUAUAACAUUAUAGAAGUAUUUACAGUCUCUUUUAAUCAAUUUAAUGAAUCCUAAAUGAAUAAAAGCAUUAUUGUCUUAAAAUCAUAUUGACCCCAAACUUUGAACAGUAGUAUUGUUUAGCUAUAAAUUUUGUUUCUGUAUUUUUACUAACAUUUUUAAUCAGGCAUCAAAUAGACCAGUUUGGAGUAGAUGUCACAGUUACGUCAUUUGCAGCUGUGCUCACAUUGUGGUGGCAGAAAAACACUGGUAAAAAGUGGAGGGAAAUGGGUAAAAAUCGAUGGAAUAAGGAAAAAAUGUAUUGUUGUGUCUUUGGAUGUCAGAAUCGGAAUACAAAUCAUUUUUAUAAAAUAGGACAGACUUUUAUAUAAUAAGACAGACUAAUGGGCGAAUGGGCAAAACCUGCUAUGAUUACUCUACUUUUAAAGCACAAAAUUGAUUUAAACAAUAAAACUACAUAAUAUUCACAUAUGCAGUUCAUAGGAGACAUAUUAUAUUAGCCCUACAGUUACAGCAUGAAAUACUAUUUAAGCUUUUUAUAACGUUUUACUUAACCAUUUACCUGUUUUAUCUCACAAUUUUUACUUUUUUUCUUGCAAAUGCAAAUUUAUAUCUCCGUAUUUAGACUUUAUAACUCGAUUUUAACUCACAAUAGCGAGUAUGUCAAUUCUGAGGAGAAAAAGCCAGAAUACACUUACGAUUCUGAGCUGAGGGGAAAAGGGAGAAUUCUUAUCAGAAUUGUGAGGUUAUAAUCUCAGAAUUGCAAGAAUAAAGUCAGAAUUUUGAAAUAUAAACUCAAAUUUACCUUUUAUUCCAUGGCUUCCAUAGACUGCUUUUUGAAAACUGUCAUUUUCUGCCACCAGAUUCACAAAACACAUCUUCACUGAAUCUUCACUGAACACCGAAUUGUUCUAUAGAGUACUCAAAGUUGUUUUAGACAAUUAGUUUGCUUUAGGGUCCAAGGUGAAUAGGAUUCUGUGGAGAAAUUGAAACUCGCAUGAUACCGAGCCACAAGUCUUUAAGCGAGAGUGUCUCGAGUAGCUCUGGAGUCAGAGACUGUCUGAAGUGUCGUUCUGUCUGUAUGCUGUUCCCCUUCAGGCUGUCGAAACUUGAAAUGGAAGGUGCCAGCUGUGCUGGCACAGCAUGAAAAAAUCUGUAAUUUCUUUGCCUUUUUAUUGUUUUAUAAUUUUUUCCUUUCCCCUGAGCAGAGGUACUGGGUAGCUGAGUUGGGUUGUAAGUUGGCUAUUUAUUCAUGUGUUUAUAUAAAUGAAAUAGAUAUUUUUUAGUCAAUGACUAAUGUCUAUAUGCUGUUUUUGCAGCUCAUUCAAUAUCUUUUGUAAACAAGCUGCCUUUAUUUACAAAGGCUAUCAUCCCAACCAUAUUACAAAUAUAAACACAAGAUGCGGUACUAGUACGGGCGUCAGUAAAGACCUUUCUGCCACUCCACCUGAGGUCCAUCUGUUCAUUUCAUAAACGUUGAGCUCAUUGGGAAACUAACUGGAUGAAUGAUCUUAAACGACCUCAAGAACUGAGACUCCAGUCAUGCUGCUUGUCAUUUUCUUUAUUCUAGUGUUUUUAUACGAGCCAGUGUUUGGUACUUUUGCCAUAUAUUGCUCAAACGAACAAAAACGGACAUGGGCUGGACUGGUUGGUAGCAUCCGUGCAGUUUCACCAAGUUUCUGGGCUCAGCUGUUUUUUUCUGCACGUACGCCGUUUGGACGUCACUUUUUCCAGAUUGGGCCCGUCCAGAUUACUCACAUCCAUAAUAAUGAUAGGGUGGCCUCUCAGAUCUGACUGAGAUGUAUUUUUAGUGAGGAAGAUUGCAAGCUUGCUGGACUCUACAGUUUGCAUUGGACCAACGUUUUCUCCAUUUCUACGAAGCUUUUAUGUUUCUACACUGCAAAUGUACGACUCCAUAUUUAUAAACUGGGCUAGUGUGGCUUGUUGCACUCUCUCAUUUGAGGAGCGCGUCUCCUCUGGGACUCUGUGACCCUGGCCUAGACAUCACUUUGUAUGCAAUCUGAUUGUGAUCUGGUCCUCGGAGAUGUGGCGUCCCGCCCGGGGUGCGCAAACAGCGAAAUGUCAUUGCUGUCAUGUGAUCCAAAGGAGGAUGCGACCUUAAAUUUUCAAUAAAGCACUCUUGUCAUUCAUACGUUCCCAGCGGGAUGCGAAGCGGGAAUGCAUUGUUAUUUAAAUUUUUUAAUAGAGCGUCUAAUGCUUGUCUAAAGUGGUGUUACAUCCGUACUGUACGUGUGAAAGUGGAAAUUAUUUGAUAUUCUUAAAAGAGAAAUUAUAUGAAAUUAUCUACUCACAUACAUUUCACUGACUUCUGACUUACAAUCUUGGCUGUAAGUGAGGAUUCAGCCACUGGAUAGUAUUAAUUACCAUUUUACGCUUAAAGGUGAAGUGUGUCAUGUUCAGAUAAUCUCCUAUUCCAAUUUCGUGUGCAAAUUCUUCCAAAUGAGUGCAAACACUGUUUUUUCUUAAACUGCUUGAGUCUGGCUUAAACAAUGGCGUGAGUUUGGGGCGGGGCUUCUUGUUUAUGAAUGGUGGGAGAUGGGGUGUGGCCUAAUAGUGUGUUUACACCAAAAGCGAAUUUAAUUAUUUGUGCGAGUAGAUUACACACAAAUGCAAAGAUGCGAAUAGAUGCGACUGUGCGAUAUACACCUCAAUCGCAUGUUCUACGCAAGUUUACAAAUUUCAGCUUGAGCGGAAAAUUCACAUUAGGGCUGUCACUAAUGAAUAUUUUGGUAUUUGAGUAAUCAGUCAAUUAUUCUGGAUAAUUAUACUUUUUUUUGUAGCGAUAAAAAUAGACCUAAGAGAACAGUAUCCUUUACAAUGAUUUAAAAUACAUUUAAUAAACAUCCGAGUAAACUCAGAUGAGAGUUUAAACUUUUAUUUUGAAAUUGCGAUGAACAGUUAGCAUAUUGAGAAAGAUAUUGAUGUACUCUCCUGUGUUUUCAAAGGUUUAUAAAUUAUUUACCUUACAAAUCUGAUGAAAUUGUGUAUGUUCCAUUCCCAGAUGAACGUUAUAAUAAACCCAAACUUUGAAACGUUCCACACAUGUAAACGAUAACAGUUUGUGGCAUUUACUGUGAACAGAGCCCGCUGAGUACAUAACCUACAUGCAUGUAAAUAAAACGCAUAUAUUAAACCUGCACCGCAUAUAUUUAUUUAAUUGAAUUGUAGCGUUUGUGAAUUCUUAAUAGCAUUAUGCUUUAUUAUGAUUUUUAAGGGUUUAAUAUGUAUAAUGCGCCACUUCCGGUAUUUUGCCAAUUACUUGACAACUUUUAAUUGACUAUUACUUUUAAUCGAGUACUUGAAUAGAAUCAAAGAAUCGUCGCAUCCUUAAUUCACAUGACACGUAGUCAUGCAAGCCAAUCAACGAAGAGCUUUGACAUGUCCGGUUGUAUCAGAUUUUUUAUUAUUGUUUUUAUGUUUUUAUUUGAACUAGUGACGUGAAAAACAACCUGCAAGUAAACUGAGCAUUUGGUGUGCACACAUUAUAAGACGAUGCUCAAACUCAAAUUUGCCGCUUGUAGUCAAGGAAAAACAAAGACGUCAAGUCAAACACAUUUAGCUUACUGUAGAGUUGCUUGCUCUGUUUGUGUUGUUUAUUACAGAUGAAGUGGAUUAGACGCAAUAUUUGUCAAAUACGGAGACAUUUUCAUGUAAUGCUUAAUAUAGAGCCUGUGUACAAGAAAAAAGUUCAACAUAAGCCUACACUAUUAAAAACAGUAAAGUGACGUCUAUAUAUUUUUUUAAAAUCAGUUUUAUUUUGAUAAACAUUGCACAAUAUAACAUUAACAUAACAUGAAAGAGUUUCUACUGUUACAAAAACAGAUUUAUGAGCAACUGACGGUGUCAGAAUACAUAUGAAACACGUCAUUGUUCUCAUUGGUGAAUGCAGGAGCUGCUCUGGAGAAGCUGCACAGACUGUGAAGACUGCUUUCGAAAUGUUGUUGUAGUACUUCGAAGGCAUAAUUGUCAAAGUACGCAUGACGUCAAACACAUCUAAUAAUAUUUGCAGUUACGUUUGUUGCUACACAAAUUGCACACUUCACCUUUAAAGGCAUAGUUCAGGCAAAACUGAAAAUUCUGUCAUGAUUUACUUUCUGCUUCAACUUUUUUUUCCUUAAGAUUUUUGAAAAAUGUUACUUUUGUCAGUGCAGUUAAAGUCACUGGGCUUUAAAACAGCGAUUUUUUUUAUCUUUUAAGAUCUUUGCAGUGGGUGAAUCUAACCUCACAAAUACAGCAACAUACCUCUUUCUUUCACAUGACUUUCACAGAAGUAUCUAAUCUAAUGUUCACAUUAAAAUGAUAUUUAUUACCACAUCACUCAGACAUCUCUUCUGUACUAUAGCUAUUUUGGUAGGAAUGACAAUGUAAAGUAUUUUGUAUUGGACUGACGUUCAUAAAGUAUUGUAAAUAACCUUGUUUUUAAACAGAAGUGGGUCAGGUUUUGGUGUGUUGAGUGGCACUGUAUAGAACGUCUACAUUUUCAUGUGAAGGGAUUGUGAAGGGCUGUACAAGUCUGAGUGUGUGGUUCGGGCUCUUAAUGAACAUUUUUGCCUUUCAGAGAAUCUUACGCCAGAUUGCCGAUCUCUGUGCUGGAAUGUUUUGUUGAGCAACUGUUGCACAAUUUAUUUAAACUCUUCAGUCGGAGGGGACCUCUGUGCCUUAGCUGUUGUUCCCAACCUUUGUGUCUGUAAGCAUCAAACAUGUCAUGUCUGUAUCUUUCAUUUCUUCACGAAACCAAAAAACUGCUGUUGUAAAUGCCUUCUGUAUCAAUGUUCUUUUGGUUUUGCUGUUCUUUUCUUCAUACUGAAUUUUUGAAUAAAAAAAACACCUUUGUCAUCUCA